GGGCGCGACCUCGGGGAGAAAUCGCACUCCCUUCUGCGAAUGGACGCCCUUUGCCCAAGUGCACUCUUCGGUCGCUCGGGACGAUUCGCUGACCCAGCGAUGUAGUCAGGACACGUGGUUUAGUCACCAGAGCCCAGGCCUGAGGACCUCAUUACCUUAGCACUUGGCAGUUUGUCCCAUCCAAGGUUCAAGUACUGGGCCUCCUUGGGGCGGGGGUGUUACUGUGUUUGUUCCCAGAAACAAGUGGGUUGAACCUCCCUUUGCCUUUUGCUGAUUCCACCUUACUUGCUGACUGGACCAACACUCUUUACAGCUCCUUAACUUGCAUUGACAGACAGACGUCUGUACGCCCUUUUAAAAAUGUGUGCCACAGGUAGAAAAUUAGAAGGCACUAACCCUUAGCAUUGUGAUGAAGGUGCCAAUUAGCAUCCUUUAUCUGCCCUCAAAGAGUAUAACAUUCAUUUAUUUAAAAAUAUUGAACAACUACUGUAUGGAAGGCAGAUGCUAUAGUAAAGGGAAAGUGUAUUCAACCUUGGAAGAGUAGGAGAAAGGGUGCUUCCUGUGGAACUGGUUAUGAUGGAAGGAGAGGUCCCUUAAUGAUUGUUGCUCCGAUAAGUUCUGAAGAACCUUUACCUGAAAGAGAGAAUCUGGGAUACCUGGGAGUUCAGAAGAGCACUUGGAGGUGGGCAUGUGCUGCUAUUCUGAUUGAUUAGAUAAUGGGAUCACCAACCCAGAAUAAGAACCCAUUGUUCGGUGUCCCUGGCAGAUGUUUCCGUCAAAAUUUGUAUUUUUAUUAUUUUUGCUGGACAUUUGUUAAGGGCCCUGCAUGGUAGAUGGUACACCUGAUCAGAAGGUACACUCUCUGCCCUGAGCUUAGUUUAUGUUAAAUAUUACCUUAAGCAAAAUAGAGGUCUUUUAGUUAUAAAGCUGGUUUAAAACAUUUAUCCCUGUUUUUAUAGACAAUGGUGGGAAUUCAUUUUCUUUCAUGCAAUAGUAGUGGCAGCAAAAAAUUAAAAAAGAAAUAUUUCAACAUAGGGAAGCUGUCAGGGAAGAGAGAAUUUUUCAUUGUAUUUACAUACCACUUCCUUUUACCAUCUGGCCCUAGACUAUCUGGCCUCAUCUAAUACUCUCUUACCUCUCCCCAUUCAUCCCAGUCCAGUGGUUCUCAGUCCUGGCUGCACAUCAGAACUACAAGUAGAACUAAAAAAAAAAAAAAAAAAGAUCCAAGCACUAUUCCAGAUAUCCACUGCAGAUCCACUCCAGAUAUGCAUUUGAGUCAGAAUCUCUGGGAGUCAAGUCUGGGCAUGUUUGGCUUUGCUGUUUUGUUUUGUUUUAAUCUCUACAGAUGAUUCAGAUGCAUAAUUAGGUUUGAGAAAACAACUGCUCUCUUCUCAAGCCACUCAAACUAAAGGCUAUUCCUUGGAUGGGCCACAUGGUUUCAUCCUUUAUGAGUAAAGAAGGUGAACCAAAAAGGGGAAAACAGGCACACAAGAAUGUCAGGCAACAAAGAAAGGAAGAGUCAAGGGGUUCCUGAAGAAGCUGUGGCUAAACAAGACACAUCUUCAUUAACCGAUGCUGUAGAGCAAGUGGCAAAGCAACAACAGUCACAAACCUCAGAAAUAGAAAAAAACAAAAAAGUUCUGUUCCAUUUGCAGAAUGAACUUCAUGAACUUGAAAAACAAAUAGCAUCUGUCUCUGCAGAAACUAAAGAAACAGAAAGGCAAAUUUAUCAGCAAGAUGCUGUCAUAGAGAAUACCAAACUUCACUGUGGAAACCUGGAAACUCAAAUCAAAUCCUUACACUCAGAAAAUGUAAAGCUUAAAUUUGACAUAGAAGCAGCCCAAGAAGACUUUGAGGAACACAUGAUAAGAUAUAAUGAAUAUCAUGCAAAAAUAAAAGUGCAUAAAGAUAGUUUGGGGGAGAUAGAAAGCAAAUGGUCAUUUAUGACUGAACUCCGGGAAAAACGAGAUCUUGUUAAAAAACUAAAGGCAAUGAAAGAGGAACUUAUGCAAGAUCUCCAAAACCCAGAAGGAAACCGGAUGAAACAAGUACAGGAGGACAUUACAAAGCUAAAGGAUAAAAUCAUAACUAUAAAAGAGUCUAUCAUUGAAAAAACCUGUUUUCUUGAGGAAGAAAAAAAGACACACGAAAAAUUAAGGAAAGAAAUAGAGGUACAACAUAAGAGAUUUGGUGCAAUUCUUAAGCGUUUGCAUUGUCAGGUGAACAAGCUUCAGUCAAAUAGAAGACAAUGGCAGUGGAACAUUCAACAACUGGAAAAAACUGCAGCUGAACUAAGAAAACAAAUUGGAAUGCAAGAUUAACAAGGCCAUAGGGCAACAGAGCACAGAAUAUGCCAACUAAAAUUAUGGGGCAGAAUGUUGAGAAAGUCCUUUGGAUUCUUAGCAACCAGUGUUCACUAUCAGAGGUCUUAAUAACAGAUACAUUUUCUCUUUUUUUGAAUCAGUUAUCUCUUUGUUAAAGUGCCUUCCAACCCUACAAUUGAUAGCAAUAUAGACAAUAGGAAUGCUUACAGAAGAAUAGUGGGAGACUCUGUAUGAAUAUUUUGAAUGUAUAAGAUGUAUUGUUCUCAUGAAUGCCUCUUUAUAAACAUGUUGCCUUCACUAUCAUAUGAAGUAAAAACCUAGAAGAAAAAAACACUUGAAUUUACAAUGAUUUAAAUGAAGAUAUUUAAAUGGUUGUCUCUCUCAAACUUUCUACUAGAACUUGUUUUUCUACCACCGUCUUCACAGUAGUCCAUAAAU